AUGGCACAUUCGGAUCGUGGGAGUCUGUAGUGACGCAGUUCGUCAUUUGCAUAGAACUUUGGAUAUAUAGGUGGCAACCUCACCACGACAGUUGUACUCUUUUUGAGAUAGACAGAGAUACAACAUGCCUGAGCCAGCGAAGCCAGCGCCCAAGAAGGGAUCUAAGAAGGCAGUGACAAAGGCUGCAGGGAAAGGAGGCAAGAAGCGCAGAAAGACCAGGAAGGAGAGCUAUGCCAUCUACGUGUACAAGGUGCUGAAGCAGGUCCACCCUGAUACCGGUAUCUCCUCCAAGGCGAUGGGCAUCAUGAAUUCUUUCGUGAAUGACAUCUUCGAGCGUAUCGCUGGGGAGUCUUCCCGCCUAGCUCACUACAACAAGCGCUCCACCAUCACCUCCAGGGAGAUCCAGACCGCAGUGCGUCUGCUUCUGCCCGGUGAGCUGGCUAAGCACGCCGUGUCCGAGGGAACCAAAGCCGUUACCAAGUACACCAGCUCCAAGUAAUAAAUUGAUCCUACUUCAUAAAAAAAGGCUCUUUUAAGAGCCACCCACUUCAUCCUUUAAAAAGCUAUUUCAAUAUUUUUGCCAACUAAACUGGUUCCUUAUGACAUCAAAAUUCCUGAAACGCGUUACAUGUUUCGGCAGCUGCGUCCUGUGUUCUACCCUCACUUCACAAGGCUUUCAGUGUAAUAAACGGCCUCUUGAAUUAAA